AUGGCGUAUUCGGUUGGCCGCUCUGGUCCUCUGGCUCAGAGUCUGCAGAUGCGAGCGAGCCCGCAAUCUGAGCGGGAGACGCAGUGUACCAACCGAAUGCAUGAGCGAUCUCGGAGCAGCGCGCCGGUGGCGCCACUGCGCAGGCAGCGCGGGAAGCCGCCGUGUAAACAUUCUUGUGCGACAGUGACAAAUGGCGUCGUCCAGUUCAGAUGUGCUUGACCGCAGCGACGGCUCUCUCAGCCCAGCGCAGUCACUCUUCCUCACCAUGUAUGACGGUAACGCACCAAGCCCAGUCUUGCUUGGGGAAGCCACCACUGCUGCCAGCGAGAACAGCCCGUCUUCCGGACCAUGGGGAGAAGGCGAGACAAGGCUGUUAUUAAACCUUUAUGCACACUACUCAACCAAAGUAGGCCCCAUGAAAAAAUUCCGCUGCAAGCGUGCUAUGUACGAGUAUAUUUCUAAGGAAAUUCUUCAGAUCCUGAAUAUUUACAGGACUCCGACACAGUGCGAGUCACGAUUCAAGACAAUUGCAAAGCGAAAGAAAGAUGAAGACACUAAUAACAAAACAUCAGGCCAUUCCCGCUGCCAGGUGUCGUAUGAAGAAGAAUUUGCGGCAAUAAGGGCAGCAGAUGACAGCAUACAGCCCGAAGUUCUUCGUGGUGUGCACUCCGUGACAUACAAGACAUCUCAAUCUGCUCAAGGUGCCAAGGAUCCCGCCAACAUUCUUACAGGUGCUGCCAACAUUCCUAUAGGAGCUGACUGUGCUGACCUGUCAGGCAACUCUGAAUUUCUCGACGCCCCUUCAAGCGUAGUUACCGACUCUGCACCAAAAAGAAAGGGAACACACAAGACAGGCCGUCCUAAUGCAGGUCGAAUGAUGCACAUGAAGUAUUUCUUUGAGCACAUGCAAAAAAUAAAUGAAGAGCGAGAAGCAAAAAGGGAAGAGAGAGAGAAAAGACGAGAGGAAAGGCAUCAAGAGCUGCUCAAACUCCACAGGGAGCACAUCGCUGCAUUGAAAGACCUUGCAGCAAAAGAAGACAACAUGUGA